AUGCGGGCCAGCGAUAUGGAUCGUGCAAGGAUGUUGUUCGAGGGAAUGCCUGAGAGAAAUGUGGUCACAUGGUGUGCGAUUAUCUCCGGGUGCAUUCAGUGCGGACGCUCGAAGGAGGCGUUGGCUCUCUUCUCACGGAUGCAGACCGACGGGUUUGAGCCAAACGACAUGACCCUCGUCAGUGUACUCGCCACCUGCGCUCAUCUGGGAGCUCUGGAGCAGGGGAAAUGGGUCCAUAUCUACAUGAGGAGUAACGGGAUAAAGAUCAGUGUGUUCCUGGGCACUUCAUCGAUCGACAUGUAUGUCACGUGUGGCCAGGUGGAGUUGGGCUUGAAGGUGUUUGAGGAGAUGCAGGAGGAGAACUUGCUAACCUACACAAUGAUGAUAAAAGGGCUCGCCAUGCAUGGUCGAGGAUUCGAGGUGCUAUGA